AAAAGGAAAACACACGAGAUUAGGAGAGCAAGCACAUAAUAGCAGCUUGGUUGGUGCACGCUUUUGUGUCUGGAACAUAACAACUUUUACCAUAACACAUUCCACGCAGCUUCUUCUUUUUUAUCUCUUCUAUUACUCACUCAAUAGUCAUAUAUAUCUCGCUCUUCUAUUCUAUCACUAUCCCGUGACUCUCUUCCCAUAAACCUAUAUCAAAAUCAAAUUAACUCUUCUUUUUUUAAUUCCACAUGAUAUCUCACCACCAUGCGAUCCCCUCAGCCACUUCGCAACGGCGGCGAUAAUAACCGUUCACCUUCAGCACCUCGUUUCCACUCCACCGUCGCCGAACAUAAACUACGUCGUUUCAAUUCACUCAUCCUCGUCUUCCGUCUCAUUUCUUUUUCAUUCUCACUCGCUUCCUCUGUUUUCAUGCUCACCAACAAUCGCUCCUCUGAUUCUCCUCACUGGUACCACUACGACACCUUCAGAUUCGUUUUGGCUGCGAAUGCGAUUGUGGCGGUAUAUUCUUUGUUCGAAAUGAUUGCUUCCGUAUGGGAAAUUUCAAGAGGCGAAACACUGUUCCCCGAAGUGUUGCAAGUUUGGUUUGAUUUUGGACAUGACCAGGUGUUCGCGUACCUGCUAUUAUCGGCGAGUGCGGCGGGGACGUCGAUGGCGAGGACGUUGAAGGAUAUGGACACGUGUAAUGUGAGUAAUGCGUUCUGCGUGCAAUCGGACAUAGCUAUAGCGUUGGGAUAUGCAGCGUUUCUGUUUCUAGGGUUUACGUCGCUGUUAUCGGGUUUCCGACUCGUCUGUUUCAUAAUCAACGGUUCUCGUUUUCAUCUCUGAAUCUCAAUGAGUAGUUAUUUGGCGUUGAAACGACGUCGUUGCCACGGGGCACGGGAGAGGAGAGAAUAUUUGUGUGGGGUCGGGCCAUUCUUUUCACGGUACUCUUCUCAAAUAGGAUGUGAUUUGAUUUGGACCGACAUGGUGGGCAGAACUGCUGGAACACUAUGUUGAAAAUAUGAGCGUGACUUUGAUUUUUGAGCCUAUACUAUCUAUUAUAGUAGCUGCAAAACUACUUGUAAUCACACCUAUUUCAAUAAUUCUAUUAUUUUUCCACUUAAUUCAUUUACUAA